UUUCGCCCGACCGCUAGGGGUCUGUAUUGAGCUGAAUGACACUCACAGACAUACCGCAGAAGAAAAGACAUCAGCAUUCGAGUUGUAGCAUCACAGAAAACAAGAAAGCUAGGAAAUCAGUUCAGUUUCUGAAGAGCAGACAUGAAACUGUACUGUCUCUCAGGUCACCCCACUCUGCCCUGUAAUGUGCUCAAGUUUAAGUCCACCACCAUCAUGCUGGACUGUGGGCUGGACACAACAGCAGCUCUGUACUUCCUGCCUCUUCCUCUCGUGCACAGUCCAAGAUUAUCCAAACUCCCAGGAUGGGUUUCCAAAGAUGGAGCCAUAAACCUGGAAAAGGAGUUGAAGGAAUGCUCAGGACGUGUGUUUGUGGACUCGCAGCCUGAAUUUUGCCUCCCUGAAAAAGAGCUGCUGGACCUCUCCACCAUAGACGUGAUCCUGAUCUCCAACUAUCACUGCAUGAUGGCUCUGCCGUACAUCACCGAACACACGGGCUUCACCGGGACCGUGUACGCCACUGAACCCACGCUACAGAUCGGCAGGCUGCUGAUGGAGGAGCUGGUGACGUUCAUGGAGAGAGUACCAAAGGCUCAAGCUGCGACCUGCUGGAAGAACAAAGAAAUACAGCGGUUGCUCCCGGGGCCUCUGAAGGACGCGGUGGACGUCUGGAGCUGGAGGAAGUGUUACAGCGUACAGGAAGUCAAUUCUGCUCUCAGUAAAGUCCAGCUGGUGGGAUACUCUCAGAAAGUGGAGCUGUUUGGAGCGGUGCAGGUCACACCCUUGAGUUCGGGAUAUUCUCUGGGCAGCUCCAACUGGAUCAUUCAGUCGCAUUAUGAGAAAGUGUCUUAUGUGUCUGGCUCGUCUCUGCUCACCACACACCCUCAGCCCAUGGAGCAGAGCUCUCUGAAGAACAGCGACGUGCUCAUCCUGACAGGCCUGACCCAGAUCCCCACCGCCAACCCAGACGGCAUGCUGGGAGAAUUCUGCAGCAACCUGG